UCUCAUUUUGAGGCUGCUUUCCGCGUUCUCAGUCAUUAUUGGUGCGAGAAAGAUGAUCAUACAGACUGUCUUCUUCCUUUGGUUGUACUUUCCCCUUGCAAAGUCCAAUGAACAACUGGACUGCAACAGUCUUGGCAUUGGAACAAAUCCUUUUAGUGGUAAUAAUUUGCCUUACUGUCAAACUGACAUGCUCCAGUGCUGCACUGAUGAAUAUCUUAGAGGAAAGGAAGCAGGUAUUCGAAUGAACCUCACUGCUAGCCUAAAGGAAGAACUAUUGAGUGGUAACUUUGAAAUUUUAAGUCAAAUUGUCAUUGAUCUUGAAAAUUUUUACAGGUCUGAUUUUUUUCCUGAUUUUGCUUCCAGAAUGCCACUAAUGAUCCAUUUAAGUUCUUCGUCUCGUGCAGAAUUGAUAAAUUCUUUUUCAAACAAUUUAACUGAUGGCCUUAAUUCAAGCAAUACUUUCAAUUAUGGUCCAUAUUUUGAUAGCUUCUUUAAUAUGGUAAAAGACAAAUUUAUUGAUGACUACCUUAGACAAUUUACAUUUACUGGUACAAUAACCACAGUUCAUAAAAAUUGCCUAAGAAAUUUACUGACACAACGUACCAACUCUACACUUGAACAAACAAUAGAUACAAAAAUGGACAAACUACUUUUGUACUACACAACGACAAAUAGAAUUAAGGAUUGGUAUGAAAGGAAUUUUAUUGCCCUAAUUGAACAGACUGGAUUUCCUUCUCAGUGCGUACCUGGCUUCAUUGCACUUGAAUGUGCUGCUUGUCUUCAAACUAUUCCUCCUUUAUGUCAAAGUGUUUGUAGCCACAUCACUCAAGGUUGCUACUCACCUUUUAAACAAGGCCUCACUGAUCAGCUAAGCAUCCUUUGGAAUGCUACACGUUUGAUAUUGGAUAGAAUCGAAUCGACUCUACCAGAGGUUUAUUCAGCACAACAAAACCUCCUUCCAAUUGAUUUUGAUGAUGACUCUGAGUUCAUGUCAUUUGCGAGUGCAGCUUCUGCUGAGUGUGGCAUUCUACUCAGCAAAAAUAUUUUUGGUCGUAGGAGACGCUCUUUGAACUCUUUUGUGAUGUUGCCAAAAAGCAUUAUUGGAAAUGCAACUUUAUUGAAUGGAUCAUUUUCCUAUGAUGGUCGUCUCCCUCACUUUUGUAACUCUAACUCAGGAGGAAGGUGUUGGAAUGGUAAUAAUAAUCAAGAAAUGGAUAAUAUGAGAACUGACUUUGAUGACUCCAUUGAAAAUCAAGAUUUGAAUCCUGUAGUUUCUUUCAAUCGAACUGAGCUUGUUGAAAUUGCUCAAUCUUUAGGUACACCAGUUAGCAAUUUUUUAGAGUCUGCACUAACCGGAUUAGACAUUGAAGUCCCAAUGGGUCAAGUAUUUCAAUUGAUGAUUGAGGAAAGGGCAGUGCAUACUUCAUCUGUUUCUUCAGUUAUGCCAACAGUCAGUGAAAGUUUAAUGAUAAGCCCUACUAGUACCAGUACUAGUUCUGGUGUGAGAAUGAGCACUAGUUCCACAUACCGCUUUCCUUCUCCGACGACUACCCUCACUGCUACUGAUGGAGGGAGUCUUCAUUAUUGCUCCUUUUAUAUGAUUUUAAUAUUAUUAGUUAUUUUUAUUAUUGCAUGAUGAAGAAGAAUGAAGAAUAAAAGUAAAAUAACUUUAUUUGUAGUUAUCAUAUUAUUUU